AUGCAAAGGUUCCCAAGUACGCAACUGCCCUCCAAGAGCUGCUGCUUCUUCGGCAGUCCUUCAGGACCAUGGAUAACCUGCUUCCACACCAGAUUUGUGGGAUAUGAGCUGGUUGUAGCCACAGGCAUUGACAGCUCAAGCUUUAGUGUGAAGGACCAAAUGUUUGAUCCUACACAAAGUUUGCCAAGAAGUUCCAAUGAAAGAGCAGAGGGGAGCAUCAACAUCCAAGAUAUGCAUGGGAUCUGGUCCAGAAAGGGGAGCCCCAAGGGGGAGAAUCAAUCGUCUCCUAAUUUUAAUCAGCACGUCAAAGACCACGCUCGGAACACGGACCAGCUGAGCCGGAGACACAUCCGCGUCUACCAGCUGUACAGUCGCACCAGCGGAAAACACGUCCAGAUCCUUGGCAAGAGAAUCAACGCAACUGCUGAGGACGGCAGUAAAUACGCGAAGGCCAUGAGUUUAAUGGAGCGUUCUAUUCUUGCAGCUAAACUGCUGGUGGAAACGGACACGUUUGACAGUCGAGUGCGGAUUCGGGGAGCAGAGACGGGACAUUAUAUCUGCAUGAACAGAAAAGGGAAACUUGUAGGAAAGCUGGUCGGCAAAGGCAAGGAUUGCAUUUUCACGGAAAUAUUGCUGGAAAAUAAUUACACCGCGCUGAGGAACACCAAAUAUGAAGGGUGGUACAUGGCCUUCACCAGGAAGGGCCAGCCCAGGAAAGCAACAAAGACCAGGCAAAACCAGAGAGAGGUCCACUUCAUGAAAAGACUGUUCAAAGGGGAGCCGCUCUUCCCAAACCGGGACCGUCAAAGGCACUUUGAGUUUAUAAAUUACCCUGUCACCAAAAGGACUCGGAGAACACGCCUUCCCAAGCGCCACCGGACCUAG